CAAUAUACGAUAUUUUUUUCAGCUCUUGCUUUCCUCCGAUUUUGGCUCCAUCCUUUAUUUUCUCCGGAGCCUUUGGUCCCCAUUGUUUUUGUUUUUUAUGUUUUUCUUGUCACCUUCCUCUCUCUCUCUCUCUCUCUCUCUCUCUCUCUCUCUCUUUUGUGUGUUUGGAUCUUCUUCUGUUUCUAACUAGUUUCUUAAAGGUUAUUAUUAUAACCGUCUUUGUUGUUCUCCAGUUGCCUUAACGGAAUCCUUUAAGGAAGUCACGGUGACUCCGUUGUUCUUGUUAUUGCUUCGUUGUAUUCUCCCUCAAGUAAUCUGGCCUUCAAACCCUUGUUCUUGCUGUCUUUCUUGUAUCUGUUGUUGCUCUUCUUCUUAUUUAUAGAUUCUAAGUUCUAAACCUUUACCCCUCUGUUUCCAGUUUCUUUCUUGGAUCUGGUGUUCUUCUCCUCAUUCGUUUAUUCUUAUUUUUUUGUAUCCCCUUCGAGAAUUACACAAAAUCGCCACCUCUCUGUUCCUCCCUAUCUUCAGUUGUUGCCUCUCUUUUGUUUCUUUGUUUUAGUUUUUCAAGGAAUCCUGAUUCCCUGAAUUAAUUCCAUCUCCUUUUCUUGACAGAAGUUGUAGUAUAUAUAUAGUUAGAAGCCAUACAUCCUAAGUUGCUUCAAGGGGCAGGAUACUUCUAUACGUAUACAGGAUGGAAUUUAUUAAGGCAAGAGUUCCUCUGCUUCCAACCAUGGAGAAGAAAUGGGCAUUAUGCCCGUUGGCCUUGAGCACCGCCGUCUGUAUCUUUCUCGUCGUGGCCUCUUUCAACAUGGGCCACCUCUGCUCCCUCCCCAGCAUCUUCUCCAACUUCCGAGACGGGAAUUCGAUGACCUCGAGAUCCGCCUUCGUGGAAUCCAAGCUUGCCGACCGCCCACCGCCGCCUGCCGGCCCGACGAUUCCCCGGCUGGCCUACUUGGUCUCGGGAUCCAAGGGCGACCUGGACCUCCUGUGGAGGACGUUGCAGGCUCUCUACCACCCCCGGAACCUCUACGUGGUCCACUUGGACUUGGAAUCGCCGGCUGCCGAGAGACUGGAAUUGGCUUCUCGGGUGGCGAAUGAUACGCUUCUCCGCGAGGUCGGUAACGUUCAUGUGAUCACUAAGGCUAACAUGGUGACAUAUCGAGGGCCGACCAUGGUUGCCAACACUCUCCAUGCUUGUGCUAUACUUCUCAAGAAGAGCAAGGACUGGGACUGGUUCAUAAACCUCAGCGCCUCCGACUAUCCUCUUGUAACGCAAGAUGAUAUCCUCCACACUUUUUCAUCGCUGCCCAGGAAUUUGAAUUUCGUCGACCAUACAAGUCGAUUGGGAUGGAAGGCGGGGCAGAGGGCAAAGCCAUUGAUCAUAGACCCGGGGCUUUAUAUGUCCCAGAAGAAGGAUAUCUUCUCGGCGACUCAGAGUAGAGAGCUACCAACUGCAUUUAAGCUGUUUACAGGCUCUGCAUGGAUGGCCCUGACCCGGGAGUUUGUUGAGUACUGUAUCUGGGGCUGGGACAACCUGCCAAGAACUGUCCUCAUGUACUACACCAAUUUCGUUUCCUCCCCUGAAGGCUAUUUCCACACAGUCAUCUGCAACACGCCCGAGUUCAUGCACACCGUCGUGAACCAUGACCUCCACUACAUUUCAUGGGAUGUGCCCCCAAAGCAGCACCCUCACAUCCUCUCCCUCGCCGACGUCCCUAAAAUGAUCGGCAGCAGCGCACCCUUCGCCCGCAAGUUCAGCAGAAACGACACAGUACUGGAUAAGAUUGAUGCAGAUCUCCUAGGCCGGAAGAACGGGAGCUUUGUCCCUGGUGGUUGGUGUGAGGGAAGUCCGCCGUGCUCGGCAGCCGGGGACCCGACACAGCUGAAGCCGGGACCAGGGGCUGACAGGCUAGCUAAGCUUAUGGAAAGAGUAGUUUACUCAGAGAGGUUUGCUUCGAAGCAGUGUAAAUAAGAUCUCAGAGUAACAAGGUAAAUGUUACAUGAUAGCAGAGUACAGGAAGAGGAUUCGAUGUCACUAUUAGAGACUGUGGCAGAACAGUAAAAUUUCAGAGGGGGAAAAGUGAUUCGGUUACUGCAAUUGGGAUAUCUGUAGAUAAGUCAUCAAUGAACUAUAGUUCAAAGAAAUCUGAGUUGUGUUUUAGUUACACUUCUUAAUUGAGUGCUCGAGGCUUUUUCUUUACUCUUUUCAGGUCAUCAGCAAGCAUGAGAUGUUAAUUACACAGCUUAACUUGUUAUUUCCUGCAGCUUAUUGUUCCUCUCAGAAGAUUUGAUGGCUUUUAGUGAAAUAAGCUAGCUCCACAUCGCCGCAGAAGAUGUUACUGUGAAACUCGGGCAAUCUCAUGUUGCAGCAGCCAGCUGAAAUACCUCUUGGAUAUCUGCUUGCUUAUAGGCUGCCAUUCUAUUUCUAGAUAGAGUAGCAUCAUUUGACUUCACAAGGGAGUAUGUCUCAUACAUCUGACCGUAUAUGACAGCGUCAUACACUCAGCCGAAAUCUAACAUGUAACUAACACACUGAGAUUCUGAUCUCUUAAAGAUGGAUGCUAUAUUUUAGAGGCGAAAGAUGUAUGUUUAUCA